CAGCAGUGAUGGCAGGCACAACUGCUUUGCCGCUUCAACAAUUAAUCGCAUCAUUGGACAAUACAUGUCUGCCAAAAAUUCUACAGGUUUGCUCUGGAGUCUAUUUCCAAGGGUCUAUAUAUGAAAUUUCUGGGAGUGAAGUGUGCUUUUCUACUGGGGAUCUAAUAAAGGUCAUUGGUAUUGAGCUCCUAUCAGUAAGCUUUCAAGACAUCAUCAACAAUGAGAAGUUUGAGUUGCCUAUUAACCACACAGGGUUGUUCAAGGUUGUUCCAGAGGAGAUGCCAUACAGUACCGUAGAAGAGAUGGUGAGCCUGAGGCCUGUCGGCCUGGAAUCCUGCCUUCCCUUCACUUUCACCAGCCGCUCCAAGAUGACCUUUGGAAAUUUAACACUGGGGGCCGGGAAAGCUUUGACUGUGAUCUCCGUUGAGCGGCGUGAGGGUGACGAGGAUCAGGUCCGCUGCCAUGUUCGAGGACAGCAGGAAGCUUCGGCCGAAGUGUGCAUCCCUCUUUCUUCCCGAGGGGAGUUCUUUGAGUGUGAGAGCGAGGAGUGCUUUACCCUGAAGGACAUCAUGUCUUCUGCGUCCCUGUGUAGCCGAAGGUUUCGCUUCAACAACCCCAUCAAAAGUGACAAGCCAUUUAUCCUGAGUCCAAUAUACCAAGUCCACGCCAUCAUGCACUUAAGGAAGAAUGUGUUGAAGUUCCCGUCCAGCUUAGAGGUGGAUGUGAUCGACGUCACUGAAUUGUGCAAAGAUGUAAAUUUUGUAACACCACUCAGUCUGACAGAGGUCCUUUCCCAAUCUGAUGAAUCCUUCCCUACAGUAGUGGAGAUACUGGAAGGCCCAGAAACCCGCCCUCCAUUCAAGUGCAACUGGCUAGCAGAACUUAGCAAGAAUGAGCACCUGGUUUUUCACAAAAAAGGAACCUCAGCGAUGGUUUUGUUAUCGAGCUUGAAGAGCCGGAAGGCACAGCAGUACUUUCUGGUGUCUCAGCAAUAUGGUGGACGAUUUCGGAGGCGGCCAAGAGAGUUUAACUCUGUGUAUGAGCUAUAUGUUGCUUUAGUCCAGGCACCAGGUCUGACGGUCAGUGUGACAAGGAACUCUGAGGAAGUUGAGGAAGAGGGCCUGCCUGGUCUCAGUGUUGGGGAACAGCUGAAGGUUGUUCGCUGGGAAAGGAUAGAGUUGCCUUGUGGAAGCAGCGAAGGAAAGAAGCAGUCCGUUGAGGCUCUUUUAUGUCAGCGUCUUCAAGAGGAGGAUGAUGGGGAUGAUGAUGAUGAUGAUGAUGAUGAUGAUGAUGGUGAUGAAAAGAAGGCCAAGCAGGAGAAUGAGAAGGAGGAGAUUUUUCUGCCUCUGUACAUGCAGGGUCACUUUGUGGAGGUACUAUCUGAUAACAAGAAGUACAAACUCAAGGACUUGGGUAAAGGGUUUAGUUUGCCGCUGGAUGUUAAAGUGGUGAGCCGUGACACUGAACUCGAGACUGAUCCAUUAGUUGGGUUUGCAUGUCUCAGAAUAGAGGGGUCUAUGUUGGAGCCCACCAUCGAGGCAAGCUUUCCACACAGGCCAGACCACUGUUUCGAGAUCCCAACCCAGUGGCUCACUAUGUCUGUCUCUUUCACCAAGGAUCCCCUGCCAUGGCCCAGCAACCAACCCCCUAAGUGCCAUGUGGAUAGGGUUACUGAGGUGACAGACACAUUCUUUUAUGAAUUUCGCAAACAGGGGAACUCAGAUGAGGCUCCUCCUCCUCGACCACCAAAGCGAAAUCUGUUAUCUUCAGACCUUCCAAAAAAAUCAUCAAAAGCCUCAAAGAAAGCAUCCAAGGCAGGCAAAUCCAAACCUCAACCGGAUAAAGGUGUACCAACCAAAGAGUUGGCCAGUUUGACUUUAAAUAGUAAAAAAAGACCCCCAGCUCCCCCACCUCCAGUUAUCUUUGAUGAUCAGCCUCCACCAGUUGUACCCCGAAAGCACUCAGCACCUGAAAUGACAACAAGCAAAGCUCUGCCAAACACAUACGUGAAAAUGGAGGAAUCUUUGAAAAUAGCAUCGGUAUGUGACGUUGUAGCAGAUGAGGACAGUGACCACGACUAUGAAACGGUGGAUGAUAAUUUUGCAACAAUGAUGAAGAAAGCACAAGAGAAUGUCAUGUUCUACUAAGAAUCACAUUCUCAUACAACAAUGGGCUAUGGGAACUGAAUUUAAAAGUGAGUAAAGGAAAACCUUGUACUGCAGUUUUUAAGCUCUAUAUUAUUCAGCUAUAAACUCCUGACAGUAUACUACAUCUGUUAGGACCCCUGAGAUUGUUUGCAAGAUUUAAAGCACCCUGAGGAGCUUCUGGUGACUCAUGGUACAAUAGAGAAAAAUGGAGCAGGUUGCCCUGUUGUUUGUAUCAGCUGCUCAACCAGCACAUGAUCAGCACAGGCAACAGCUCAACCCACUCCGUCCUCUUCAAGGUUUUCCCUGCUUUGUUACACAGUAUACCACUCAAACUUUGGCUGAACUAAUGCUGCCUUUAUCGUAGUAUUUGUUGAAAUAUGAUACAUUACCUUUGUACAGCUUGUUCAAACUUGUCAGAAAAGUGUUGAUUUAAUUCUUUGGUAGUUUUGGGGGCUGUAACUUGUAGUUUUGUAAAUAAUAGAAUUAUAUUGUGCAAUACAAAACAGUUAUAUGGUUCAUUCUAGAAUAAAACAUAAGCAACUUUUUACAGUAUAAUACAAGAAUACACAAAACUGCCUAAAAUUGCCAAUGUUGAAUCAACACUUCUUAAUCUCACAACAAAAAUUAUAAGCUUUGCAUAGGUAGUAAUGGGUUACUUUUUUAUUGUAUAAGCAUUUAAUGUAUAUGUCAAACUCCUUCCGUGUAUAUAUGCAAACUCUAAACAGAAACAGCUAAUAGUCAGUCCUUGCUGGGAGGCAACAGUUAACCACAGUGGCGACAAAAAGGAGACUCUGCUGCUUCUCACGUCGUCAUGCAUUCUAUUGCAAGCAGUAACAGAAACGUUGUCUCCCACCACAUCAAACUAAUGACCUGAGAGUACAAAAGGGUGCUGCACAUUAUGUCAAAUGCUGUUUUUAUUUAUUUCAUUGAAGAUUCCAUGAUAGAAGUAUUCUCAUUUCAGUUAUAUACUGUGGACUGGGAACAUGUUCCCAAAAAAAUGUAUAUAAGUUUUGAAACUUGUUGAGUAAUGAAUGUGAAAAGCUUCCUGCCAAAGAGAUAAUAUACAACAUAAUAUACGAGUUCAUUUUGUGUACUAUCUUACAAGGACACCGUAGCUUAACUUGUCUGUACGUGGAUUUUGUACCAAAGACAUCUCUUAAAGUUCAGAAUGUACUCAGACCUACUUCCUUUAUUCAAAUUUUGUCAUGUCUUUCAGACAGAUGUGUUGGUCUAUAUUUCUGCAUCAUGCCCAGUCAACUGAAUUUGACACAGAUGGACUCACCUGGAGUCAAGUAAAGACAAACAUCUAAAGCAUAAGAUGCAAAAUUCAGUUUGUUGUGGCAUGGCUAAAUAUGAGAAUACAUAUGUAAAUGAAUUGUUGUUGUAUUUAAAUCUGAAUAAAUUUGCAAAAAUGGCUUGUU